AUGACUGGGUUACCCAAUAGGAACGCAGAGUUGCGACCGAGGCUGGAUCAAGACGGCUUGAACCUCACCCCAUCCCAAGUAGCGACAACUGCGUAUACACCUUCAAUGGUUGACACCUCUGCGGCUAUACAGGACCGUCGGCUUCAAGAAGACUACGAGGCGGCGGAUGAUGGCAUGAGCGGGAGGUCGAGAUACACGUACCGCAGCGAAGUUGAUGCUGAUCUCUUCCUCAAGCGUAUUGGAGGGCGAGCGUUCAAUGCCCUGAGUGAUACAUAUUUCCUUCCGUCAGAUGACAACGAAUGGGUCCGAUUAAAUAAGCAGCAUGUAGGGCUCGUGUUAGCACUUGGAGAACUCUACCCAGCAGGGGAGGAAGUUCGUGCCAUCUUGGCACCCGUACCAGGCCAAACAAAGAGAAUUCUAGAUCUUGGCUGCGGAACAGGUGUUUGGACAAUGGACAUGGCCCGUGAAUUUCCACAUGCCGAGGUCGUCGGUGUAGAUCUGGCUCCCGUCCCAAUCGACCCCGAAACUCUUCCCCCUAAUUGCAGGUUUGAGAUCGACGACAUCAACCUUGGAUUGGACCACCUAAAAGACACCUUUGACGUUGUGCAUGUCCGCUUUGUUGGGAGUGGGCUGAAGGACUUCAAAAAGACGAUGGACGACGCCAGUCGGUGUCUCAAGCCAGGAGGGAUUGCACUGUGGAUAGAAGCCGACUGGAAUACGUAUGCAGAGGACCAGCGUGUCUGUAUCCCGCUCGCGCUCGAGGAAGACGAGGAGAAUCCUGACCAGGGUGAGCGCUCCUGGUUCCAGCGUAUUGUCUUUGAGAUGGGCCGUGGUAUGCGCAUGGGCAACAGCGAUCUCGACGGCAUGUUCAAGGCGAUGGACUAUGGACUUUGGGACAACAAAUGGAUAGAUCCUGAGACCUGUGGCAUGUCGAGCCUCUACCUGCCUAUCGGUCCCUGGGCACGCGGGAAGUCACACAUGGACACUCAGCGACUGGGGUAUGUGGGAGCGUUGAUGCGCCAGGAUUUCAUGAGGGUUCAUCGUGCGGGCCAUCCGGUUAUGAAGCGCCUUGGGUGGGAGGCCGAGAAGUUGGAGAAAUGGUCUGAAUUAGCCGACAAACAAAUGAUGGACAUGAGUCCAAAGACAUGGUUUAGAGUAAGCUACGCUUGGGGACGCCGUCGUGCAGCCGAAAACGAACCAGCCCCUCCGCUUCCACAACUAGCUUCCUCUACGACAACAGAAGCUGAUUCGGGGCAUCCUUACCCUCACUACUACGUCUAUGCAACGCAACAGGAGGCACUGUCCGCAGCCGCACUCAGGAACCGGAGCAAAGAUUGCGAUCCACCUCCAUUGCCCAGACCUCGCGCUGCCGAACCGGAACCCGUUACAGCAGACGUCGACCAAGGACAGGAGUCCACAUCCGCAGUAGAUUAG